CGGAAGCGCUCCGCGGAGGGGCGGUGGGCCAGGCCAGGCCGGCGGCGACGGCGGUGGCGGGACGCCAUGGGGCGCGGCGGCGGCACCUUCGAGCGGCUCCUCGAUAAGGCUACGAGCCAGCUUCUGCUGGAGACAGACUGGGAAUCUAUCCUGCAGAUCUGUGACAUGAUCCGUCAGGGAGAUACCCAAGCAAAAUAUGCUGUCAACGCUAUCAAGAAGAAAGUCAACGAUAAGAAUCCCCAUGUGGCACUCUAUGCACUGGAGGUCAUGGAGUCGGUGGUUAAAAACUGUGGCCAAACAGUCCAUGAUGAGGUGGCCAAUAAACAGACUAUGGAGGAACUGAAGGAAAUACUCAAGAGACAAGUGGAGACAAGUGUCCGCAGUAAGAUCCUGUACCUUAUCCAGGCCUGGGCUCAUGCCUUCCGCAAUGAGCCCAAGUACAAGGUGGUGCAGGACACCUAUCAGAUAAUGAAGGUUGAAGGUCACGUGUUCCCGGAAUUCAAAGAGAGCGAUGCCAUGUUCGCUGCUGAAAGGGCUCCAGACUGGGUCGAUGCUGAGGAGUGUCACAGAUGUCGAGUGCAGUUUGGCGUUGUGACACGGAAGCAUCAUUGCAGGGCCUGUGGGCAGAUAUUCUGUGGCAAAUGUUCCUCCAAGUAUUCCACCAUCCCCAAGUUUGGGAUUGAGAAGGAAGUGAGAGUGUGCGAGCCCUGUUACGAGCAUCUCAACAAGAAAGCUGAGGGUAAAGCUGCUGCCACCUCUGAACUGCCCCCUGAGUACCUGACCAGCCCCCUCUCUCAGCAGUCCCAGCUUCCCCCAAAGCGUGAUGAGACAGCUCUGCAAGAGGAGGAAGAGCUCCAACUAGCUAUUGCCUUGUCUCAGUCAGAGGCUGAGGAGAAGGAGAGAAUGAGGCAGAAAACUACCUACUCCAUGUACCCGAAGGCUGAGCCCACACCUGUCACGUCAUCAGCUCCCCCAGUCAGCACGCUCUAUUCCCCAUCUGUGAAUUCCUCUGCUCCCUUGGCUGAGGACAUUGACCCAGAGCUGGCUCGGUACCUGAACCGCAACUACUGGGAGAAGAAACAAGAGGAAGUUCGCAAGAGCCCCACCCCAUCAGCACCUCUGUCCCUCACAGAGCCAGCCGCUCAGCCUGGGGAAGCCCACCCUGCCCCACUUGGUGUUGUUGAGCAGCAAUACCAGAAUGGCGAGUCUGAGGAGAACCACGAGCAGUUCCUGAAGGCACUGCAGAAUGCGGUCACCACAUUUGUCAACCGCAUGAAGAGUAACCACAUGCGGGGCCGCAGCAUCACCAAUGACUCGGCUGUAUUGUCCCUCUUCCAGUCCAUCAACAACAUGCACCCCCAGCUGCUGGAGCUGCUCAACCAGCUGGAUGAGCGCAGGCUGUACUACGAAGGCCUGCAGGACAAACUGGCUCAGAUCCGGGAUGCACGUGGGGCUCUGAACGCGCUGCGGGAGGAGCAUCAGGAGAAGCUGCGUCGUGCAGCAGAGGAGGCAGAGCGCCAGCGCCAGAUCCAGCUGGCCCAGAAGCUGGAGAUCAUGAGGCAGAAGAAGCAGGAGUACCUGGAGAUGCAGCGUCAGCUGGCCAUCCAGCGACUCCAGGAGCAGGAGAAGGAGAGGCAGAUGCGCCUGGAACAGCAGAAGCAGACCAUCCAGAUGAGAGCCCAGAUGCCAGCUUUUUCACUGCCUUAUGCACAGCUCCAGGCCAUGCCCGCAGCCAGUGGGGUGAUCUACCAGCCCUCCGGGCCCACCAGCUUCCCUGGCACCUUCAGCCCGGCUGGCUCCGUGGAGGGCUCUCCCAUGCACAGUGUAUAUAUGAACCAGGCAGCACAAGGGGGCACGGGGCCAUACACCGCAAUGCCCGUCACGGGAACAGAUCCCAGCAUGGUGAACGCUUACAUGUACCAGCCAGGAACAGGCAGUGGGCAGGCGGCUCAGCAGGGGCAGGCGGUGCCCACCACCACCCCGGCGUACUCAUCCUACCAGCCAACUCCAACACAGGGCUACCAGAGCGCAGCCUCGCAGUCGCAGAGCAUCCCGGCCAUCUCUCAGGCCCCCCAGUCGGGUGCUGUGGGCUACAUGGGCAGCCAGUCAGUCUCCAUGGGCUACCAGCCCUAUGGCAUGCAGGGGAGGCAGGCUGAAGGCUGUGGGCCUCCACCUCUGCCCUGUGGCCGCCCCACAUCCCCCAGCCCUUCUGACGGCCACCCCCUCGCUCCUGCAGAGCCUCCUGUCUGCCCUGCCGGCGCAGGAAGCCACACUGAGCAGCCUGCCAGCCCAGCAGUCCUACCUGCCUGGGCAGCAGCCCCUCUACCAACAGAUGGCACCUGCUGGAGGGGCCCCCCCGCAGCAACAGCCCCCGCCGGUGGCCGCCCCUGUGCAGCAGCCGCCGGGCAGCGGAGAGGCACAGCUUAUCUCGUUUGACUGAUCCCCGCCGCAGGGUGCGGGGGGGAGGGGGUGUCCCGCGUAACACUACUCUUCACGCCGAACACUUCUGUACCCCAGCCGCUCACCGCGCCCUCCCCGCCCCGCGCCCUGCGCAGCUCCCCUGGGCCUGUGGGGCUCCAGCCGCCGGCUCCGGGCCAGGGAGGCCGCAGCGGAGCAGCUCUCCGGCACCGCGGCCUGGGGCUGCCCCCUGGCCCUGCCCGCCCUGCCCUGCCAGCCCGCGGACCCCCGUGCCAGGAGGAGCCAGGGGGUAGUGCGGCCUGCGGCCCCCUUGCCGCGGGCCCGGUGGGGCUGUGCUGCAGAGCCCCGCUUCGCCCCACCCCACCCCAGCUGAGCCCCCUCCCCGCCAGCGCCAUCUCCCCGGGCCCAGGCCCUGUCCCCGCGGCACGGCCGCUCCCUCCUCGCUCCGCACGGGGCAGUCCGAGCGCGAACGGCGAUAAUAAAGUGUUGGGAACGAA